CACUUCAAAAUCUUAAGUACCUACGGAAGUUGAAUCUCCAAAGAAAUUCCAUUCAAGAAGGGUCUUAUCUCUGUUUGGGAAAGAUGCAGUCACUUUAUAUCUUAAAUCUUUCAAUCAAUAAGUUGCAAGGUGAGAUACCAAGAUGCCUGUGUGAGCUCCACUCUGUUACAAAGUUAGUUCUAUCUCACAAUCUUCUCCAAGGAGACAUUGGUGCCUGUUUCAGCAAUAUGAGUUCCAUCAGGUAUCUAGAUAUAUCUAAUAACCAUUUUAAUGGGAGCUUUCCUUCAUUGCUGCUCCACAACAUCACUAAUAUUGAAACCCUUAUUGCUUCCCACAACCAGUUCACCGAUAAUAUCUCGUUUUCAAUGUUUGCCAAUCUCUCAAAGCUUAGUUACCUCGACCUUUCAUUCAAUGAUCAUUUAGAGGUUGAAACCGAAUCCCCAGCUUGGUUUCCAUCUUUCAACCUUAAUGGACUAUUUUUGGGGGGUUGCAACCUCAACAAGUAUAGUGGUAGUAAGAUCCCCAGCUUCAUCUCCACACAAUACAAUUUGAAAUUUUUGGAUUUGUCUUAUAAUUCACUUGCGGGAAGCAUUCCUUCUUGGUUGUUGUACAACGGCACUUCAAUAUUGCAGCUGAGAGGCAACAAGUUGAGUGGCUCAUUCCCCCUGUCAAAUGGAAACAUGAGUUCAAACCUCACCAUGCUAGAUAUUUCAGAGAAUUUGUUCCAUGGACCGAUCCCUUCAAAUCUCAACAUAAUUCUUCCCAAGUUGCACCAUUUGAAUGCCUCUUGGAACAAUUUUGAAGGAGUCAUCCCUCCUACAAUUGACAUGAGGCUAUUGCACACUCUUGACCUAGCAAGCAAUCGGUUUCAUGGAGAGAUCCCUGUUAGUAUGACAGAAAACAUGACUUCAUUGGAAUACUUGGUGUUAUCCAACAAUUUUUUGCAAGGCAAAAUACUCCCAAGGAAUUCCAGCUUUCCCAAAUUGAAGGGGCUUUCUGUCAGGGGCAAUAACUUCACUGAAAUGAACUCCCGUACCUUGUCGACAUGCUCUUCUCUUCAAUUCCUUGAUGCAGCAGAAAAUAGUUUGUCGGGUGACCUUUCUACCCAACUACCUCUUCUGACUAAUUUGAAGGUAAUCAUUCUUAGACGAAACCAUUUUGAUGGCCGUAUCCCAGAGCAUCUAUGUCAAAUGCAAGGUCUGCAAGUGUUGGAUAUUGCAGGAAACAAUUUAUCAGAUAUAAUUCCAUUAUGCCUCAACAACAUUACUUCUUGGAAAGGACAAUAUUUUUCCGAUUAUCAGAGUGUGCCAUACAGUUAUGUUGACAUAUGGAUGCAAGUUCCAUUUUCAGUCACGCUUAUCUUCAAAGGCCGUGAAGUGAAGUUUAAACGUUUGCUCAACAUAUUUAAUCACAUAGAUGCAUCUUCAAAUCAACUGACGGGUACAAUUCCCUUCCAAACGGGUGACCUCAGAGCUAUCAGGAUACUUAACGUCUCCAACAAUCUUCUUACCGGUCAUAUUCCGUCAUCUCUGGGAAACUUGAGUGACUUAGAGAGCCUAGACCUUUCCAACAACAAGUUGUGUGGCCAAAUCCCUCGUGAAUUAGUUGAUCUUCUAUUUCUAGAAGUGUUUUCGGUUGCUUUCAAUAACAUAUCAGGGCAAAUACCACAAGGAAAACAGUUUGGUACAUUUCUUAACUCUAGCUACGAGGGCAAUCCAGGUCUCUGUGGUUUUCCGCUAUCAAAGGGAUGCUUCCCUAAUGUACCAGCAGCAACGCUGUAUCCAGAGCAACUAUGUCAAAUGCAAGGUCUGCGAGUGCUGGAUAUUGUAGAAAACAAUUUAUCUGAUAUAUGCUUCAACAACAUUACUUCUUGGAAACAACAAUCCGAUGAUCACAAUUGGGAAUACCAUUCUGAUUCUGGGGGUGUUUUGAUUGCUUUCAACAAUAUAUCAGGGCAAACACUACAAGAAAAUCAAUUUGCUACAUUUGAUAAUUCUGGCUACAUGGGCAAGCCUGGUCUCUGUGGACGUCUGCUAGGAAAGGAAUGCUCCCUCUAA